UCCCGGGUCGUCUUUCCUACCCUCCCCUCCCCCGCCACCCCGUGGCCCCCCGCUCCCGCCCCCGCCCCGCUCCGGCGUCCCCUCCCGCGGCUGCUGGCCCCCCUGAGCCCGCGGCUGCUGCCAGAGCUAUGCUGCUGCUGGCGGCCGCCUUCAUCGUAGCGUUCGUGCUGCUGCUCUACAUGGUCUCUCCGCUCAUCAGUCCUAAGCCCCUCGCCCUGCCCGGGGCCCAUGUAGUGGUUACUGGAGGAUCCAGCGGUAUUGGAAAAUGCAUUGCGAUUGAAUGUUAUAAGCAAGGGGCAUUCAUAACCCUGGUUGCAAGAAAUGAGAACAAGUUGCUCCAGGCAAAGAAAGAAAUUGAAAAACAUUCUAUUAAUGAUAAACAGGUUGUGCUUUGUAUAUCGGUGGAUGUAUCUCAAGACUAUGGACAAGUAGAGAACGUCAUUAAGCAAGCACAAGAGAAGCUGGGCCCUGUUGACAUGCUUGUAAACUGUGCUGGGACAUCGGUUUCAGGAAAAUUUGAAGAUCUUGAAAUAAAUUAUUUUGAAAGAUUAAUGAAUAUAAAUUAUUUGGGCAGCGUAUAUCCCAGUCGAGCAGUGAUAACCACCAUGAAAGAAAGAAGGAUGGGCAGGAUUGUCUUUGUGUCCUCCCAGGCAGGACAAUUGGGGUUAUUUGGUUUUACUGCAUACUCAUCGUCCAAGUUUGCUCUUAGAGGAUUGGCUGAAGCUCUGCAGAUGGAGGUGAAGCCAUAUAACAUCUAUAUAACAAUUGCCUAUCCACCAGAUACAGACACCCCAGGUUUUGCAGAAGAAAAGAAAACAAAGCCUUUAGAAACUCAACUUAUUUCAGAGACCUCAUCACUUUGCAAACCAGAACAGGUGGCAAAACAAAUUGUCAAAGAUGCCACGCAAGGAAAUUUUAAUAGUUCCAUUGGUUCGGAUGGAUACAUGCUGUCAUCACUGACCUGUGGAAUGUCCCCAGUAACUUCUAUUACUGAAGGUCUCCAGCAGAUCGUUACCAUGGGUCUUUUUCGCACCAUUGCUUUAUUCUACCUUGGAAGUUUCGAUAGCAUUGUCCGACGAUGUAUGAUCCAGAGGGCAAAGUCUGAAACUGUGGACAAAACAGCUUGAUCAUCAUCCCGAAAAGCGGAGAAUGGUUAUUCAACAAUUUGGACAGCUUGCUGCUAACUGGAAUCUGACCUAUAGACUGUGGUGCAAGUGGGUUUGGACAGCUUUUUCUUCUUCAGGAACCUGGAGGAAAGCAAGAAGAUAAAAAUACAAUUCCAGGAAAUAUUACUACUAUGCAAAUAUGAGGAUGAAGACUUUUUGAUUCUCUGGGUUCUGAGGUAGAGAGAUGAUGGUAUGGGAAAUUAUGGAAUGUAAGAAGUGGGAGAAAAUAGGACAUCGGACUGGGUUACUCGCUGGUAAUUCAGAAUAAUGAUUUGCAUUUCUUUUCUCUUAUUAUUUCCCCAUUCCCCUACUCCUGGUGGUAAUAAGAGACCAAAAAUGAAUUUUGUGGCACAUAAAGUCAUGAAGAUUUUUUUUCUAAUUGUUUAGGUCUCAACCAAUUUCUACGGUGGCUUUCAAAACAGCUUACUUGAUUCAUGACAAUUUUUCCCCAUCGUCAGUAGGUUUACACACCUAUCUUUGUCACUGAUACCCUUUUACAGUAUAGCCGUCAUGGUUCUAUCUGCUCCUGGUGGGGAAAUAUUAGAUGGCCACACUAACUCUCGACGAUUCCAAAUGGAAGUAAAUUUUGCUGUUUGAUCACUGCUAUGAACUGGGUAGUAAGGGGAGGUCGGAAGAGAGAGGGGGAGCAGGGUAGUGCCACAGGGUAUAAUUUAAGAGACAGAGAGUUUUUAAAAAUCCCUCUUCAGGUUAAAAUGCUUGGGGAAUUUCCUUCUACUAACCUAUGGUGGAAAAGGCAGUCUUCUAAAAUGAUUUUUCAAAGAAAAAAAUAAAAUUUUAGAAACUUCAUUGUUUACAAUAUCUUAAAUAGCCAUAACCUGAAAUUCAUAUGUUCCAUUUUAUCCUACUCAUUUACUUUCCUCUUCACUUUUACCUAAGAUACUACUGUAAUAUUUACAUAAAAAAUCAGAUUAAAUUUAAUAAGAGAAUUUGUGUCAAUUAAAAGACAAGUUGUGAGAUUCUUCCAGUGGCAUAUACUUAGCUUUCAUGAAGGCUGAAGAUUGGAUAGAUUUUAUUCCCUAGGGCACCAUUCAUUGAUUGAGAUGAUAAAGGCCCAUGAUUUGCGAUACAUCUGUUCAAACCAGACAAAACAGAAGACCAAUGCCAUGCUUUUCUAAAAAUUUAUUUGGGCAACCCACACUUGGCUAUGAGAGAGCCUUACCUUUGCACCAUAUGUUAAUGAUGCCUACAUAACCUACCCUAGCAAUGCUUUUGUAAGCUGUUUUCUCUAAGAACCCACCUUGCUCCCAGGAAUGCUCUUUCCAAUGAGCAGGACCAUUGUUCAUUUGAUGGACUUCCAUAGUAAGUGCCUAUGAUGAGCUUUAGCAAAUGCUGCUUGUUUCAUACUGGCCAUUAUUAGCUCUUCUCAGUUGGAGGGCUCUUGUCUACAUUUCCAUUCUAAAGUCCUCUCCUAGGUGCAUUUGUAUAGUGAGGCCAUUUGGAUUCACUUUUAUGGAAAAAGGCCUCUUCCGGUGGUCAUAGAAAUGAUUUUGUUUUUUAAAAAUCAUAUAUAUGUAUGUGUAUAUAUACAUAUAUACAUAUAGAUAUAGAUAUAUACUUGUAGCAAAACUGGGGAGGGGAGUAAAUAUAUUGCUCUUGAUCUUUGGAGCUUCUUGGUUUAAUUUUAAAAUAAAAUGGUGUUGAAUGCCUUUAAUCCAUGAUAGCUUGAUGUAGGUUGCUUGCAGUGACUUCAUAACAUUAGACAAGGUGAGAAUAAUACUUUCUUAAUUGUGGCAUCCAGGGUAGUCUAAAGAUAUGACUUUUAGACCUAGAAAAGUUACACAUGACAGCAGAUCUGCUGAAGGGAUAUUUUAAGAGAAAUAUCGGGCUUCUUUUUUACAUAUAUAUUCCUUGUAAUAUACAGCUAUACCAUUAAAAGGAUCUGACUUCAACCAAAGCACGGGAAUGUUUUAAAGGAUAUAGCUCUAGUUUUUUUCCUAACUGGCUCGGGUCAGCACAAGACUCUCAUAACAUUGAUUAGCUUUUUUCUUCCAAAAGUUUCUGGAGCCAGAUUAUUUUGGUAGCAUCCCUCUGGUUAGGGCCCUCUUCCUUCAGAGAUCUCAUUUUAUUCCUGCAAAUAGGAUAAAUUGUGCCCUUGGUAAAAGAUAUUCAGUUAUAGUUAUGCUGAAAAGCUGGUCUUUCUUUUGUAAGGUAAUCUGCAACAGUUUUCUCUAAGGUGAUCUGCAACAAGAAUUUCAGUUCUGGAGUCCUUGGCUCUGAGUGUUUUAAGUCGCAUUGUUUUAUUAUAAUAUAUGUAUAUUUAUUUUUAAAACUUUUAAUUGCAUUUAGUCUUAAAAGUUCUAUAUGAGGUUUAGAGAAGCAUUCAUUUUGGAGAGAAAUAUAAAACAACCCUCCUAAUUUUUAAAGGAAAAGUCCCUAUUGACCUUUUUUUUUGGUCAGUUUAACAAUUUGCACAAGAAGAAAAGCUAAACUAUUCGAUUGUCGCAGGCAUGGCAGGUUGACAUCCUAAUGACACUAAUUUUUAUAUAUUUACUGCAUAUUCCCUUUUUGGUUAUGUUCAGUAUGUCACUGAAAGUUUCUGCAUUAGCUUUCCAAGAUGAUUUUUCAUUAGGUUAGAUGGCCAAAAAAAAUUAAUUAAUUAAAAUUUUCAUUAGAUUUUGGUGAAGAUACAAACAAGGAAAAAGUAGAUUGUGUGUAUCUACUAGGCAAAAUGGAUACUAAAAUAACUUUCCCUCGGCACCCCCCCCCCCCGCUCCCCGCGACAUUAUAUAUAAACCACAGAUUUAGUCAGUUUGUUGCAUCAUGUUCUCAAUAAAACAUGGAUGUCCAUUUGUGACCAACUUUCAAAAUUUGUACUUUUUUUGAUAGUCUGAUGCAUUCAUUGUAUCUUUCUCACUCCUCUGUCAUUCCCAGGAGGAAUUACAUUUAAUGUAUACACUAAUCAUGAUGUAACUCCAACCAUCCUAAAUCUCCUUGCUCAUAACUAUGGUAUGGGACAGUAACAAUAGAUUUGAUAUUUUAUUAAGUCUAAAAAGAAGGGAAUAGCUAGUUCUAUUUUUCUUGCUGUGAAAAUUCUACACACUUUUAAAUUGAUAAGGGUGUAUGUACGUGGCUAUUUUGAUAUAUACCAGAGCUUGGGCUUGUUGCUUCAUGAGCAUUUGUGCCAGAACUGUAAACUAAUUUUCAUAUCUUGUAUUUCGCAGAAACAAAAAAUAAAUGGGGAAUGAGGUUUA